AGGAGCCCAGGCCUAGUGGCCACCUCCCCACAGCCUUGGCCCUCAGCUCGGGGUGUAGCCCAGCGAGUAGGGAGGCUGGAUGGGAGCGCGCCAACACGGCGAAGGAGGGCAGAGCUCUUUUAUCCACGUGUGGAGAGGAAGGGACCCCUUCGGGGGCGAGCUCCUGGGCAGCACUGGGAGCUGGGAAGCCGGUGGGCGGGGGGAUUUCCACUCCCUGGGUAAAGCCAUCGGAAAUUCACAAACUUCUGUUCGCAGAGAACCCGCGUUUCCCACAAAGUGAUAGAAAAGCGGCGGAGAGACCGGAUUAACCGCUGUUUGAACGAGCUGGGCAAGACGGUGCCCAUGGCCCUGGCGAAGCAGACCUCCGGGAAGCUGGAGAAGGCGGAGAUCCUCGAGAUGACCGUCCAGUACCUGCGGGCGCUGCACUCGGCUGACUUUCCCCGGGGAAGGGAAAAAGCAGAACUGUUAGCAGAGUUUGCCAACUACUUCCACUACGGCUACCACGAGUGCAUGAAGAACCUGGUGCAUUACCUCACCACCGUGGAGCGCAUGGAGACCAAGGACACCAAGUACGCGCGCAUCCUCGCCUUCCUGCAGUCCAAGGCCCGCCUGGGCGCCGAGCCCGCCUUCCCGCCGCUGGGGUCGCUCUCGGAGCCGGAUUUCUCCUAUCAGCUGCACCCAGCGGGGCCCGAGUUCGGGGGCCACAGCCCCGGGGAGGCGUCCGUGUUCCCGCAGGGUGCAGCCCCCGGGCCCUUCCCCUGGCCGCCCGGCGCGGCCCGCAGCCCGGGGCUGCCCUACCUGCCCAGCGCGCCCGUGGCGCUCCCCAGCCCCACGCAGCAGCACAGCCCCUUCCUAGCGCCGGUGCAGGGCCUGGAUCGACACUACCUCAACCUGAUUGGCCACGCCCACCCCAACGGCCUCAACCUGCACCCGCCCCAGCACCCCCAAGUUCUCUGACACCCGCCGCCCGCCCGCUUUCUCUGGGCACGGGCGCUGCGCUGCUUAGGAGAUACUGCGUGUUGUACAGGUGUAUAUAGCGUGCCGACCAACAGCGGGUGGGGAAGGCCAAGAGCAAAGCAAGUCUUCUGAAGGGUCUCCCCGGUAAUAAAUGUGUUCUGUUA